AUGAAUAACACUGCACAUUCAAUGUCGGAAAAGGUUUUGCUAGUUGCGUCUUUGGAAGCCGCGAGGUAUGGACAAUAUCAACAAGCAGUGAAAGGGCUGCAAGCUGAAAGUGGCCUCCUCGAGACACACAUGAUCGACCGCAUCACAGACCUCGCAUAUGCGCCGCCAGCUGACUACUUUGAUGCUGUAUACAUGAUGCUUCCGAGUGAAGGAGUUGAAUGGGCUGCAGCGCUGCCGAAGUUGCGCGCGAGCAUGAUUCCUGGAGCCAAGCUCCGCGUGUCGGUGGUAAACGAAAAUGAUCCUUCGUCUUUUCUCUCGCAGGUGCGAGCUGAACUUACCAUUGCUGGAUUUACAGACAUCCAGACGUAUGAAAAUGCUUCGAUUGAGUCACGACGGCCAGCAUCGUCAAGUGUCGCUGAAAAGGAUUCGACUGCGUCGUCAGGGAUGGGGGCAGUAAAACUGCGCCGUAAGCCCAACGAAAAUGGAGGUCACCAGCAGAAAAAGGCUCUGCUCUGGGCUACGCAGCCUGAAACGCAUAUGGAUACCGAAGCAAAGCUCCAGGAACACGCGCGCACGGUUUCACCAGCGUCGAGGCGCGAAGACUGCACAGUGGACUUCUCUGCGCCUCGAACGCGCCGGAAACGCGCAUGCAAAGGAUGUACGUGCGGUCUGCGAGAACUAGAAGAGGAGGAUGAGCGCAACAGCAAUCUUGUGCAGCUAGAUCCUAGCGAAGUCGGUGGAACAGGUGGAAAGCGAACAGAGGUGACAACGACUGUCAAAGGCCCUAAUGGAGAGGAGCAUACUGUGAGGCGGAUUCAAGUUGAUACGCGCGGAGCCACCAGCAGCUGCGGAAGCUGCUUCCUCGGAGAUGCUUUUCGCUGCAGUUCGUGCCCUUACUUGGGCCUCCCGGCAUUCGAACCUGGGCAAAAAGUGGAGAUUCCCGCCAACAUGGAUGAUGACUUGUGA